UGUGCAUUGUACCUGUGCACACGCCAGUGAACUUGCCUCGGCCUGCAGUGUGGCAGCUCGGUGCAACCCGGCUGAGUUCCUGCAGCACAUUUCCCCUUUAAGGAGAGGAGACAGGAGCUCAUUUCCUGUGAUGUGUUGAGCCGAGGCCCUGGUCCGAGGAGAGCGCCCAGCUCGGGGGGUUCCUGCACCCAGCCCAGGUCGGCCGCAGUCCGGCACCCAGUUCUGCCUGACCUGCUGUGUGAAAGUCGACCCGCGCUCUGUAAUAAAUCAGACAACAGCAGAACCAAAGAACUUGAGCGGCGGGGACAGGGUCGGGGGCACGGCCCGAGGAUGCCGCGGCCCAGCCACAGCGAUUACGUGCUGCAGCAGCUGAACAACCAGCGGGAGUGGGGCUUCCUCUGCGACUGUUGCAUUGUGAUCGGGGACAUCUACUUCCGCGCCCACCGCGCCGUGCUGACCGCCUGCAGCUCCUACUUCCGCAUGAUGUUCAUCGGGCAGCAGCAGCUGACCGGCAAUCUCAGCCUGAGCCAGGCCCACGUCAGCGCCGAGUGCUUCGACCUCAUCCUGCAGCUGAUGUACCUGGGCCGGCUGGUGGGCGUCCCGUCCGACUUCGAGGAGCUGCGCUCGGCCAUGACCUUCCUGCAGCUCUACUACGUGCCGCGCAGCCUGGAGGAGGUGCGGGAGGCCGAGGCCCCGUCGCCUCCCUUCAGCCAGGCCAAGGGCUCCAUGCUUUUCGGCGUCCGGAUGUACGGCGGGCCGCCGGGGGGAGCCGGCAAGGGACCGAGGGGUGAGGCCACCACAGAGGUGAACGGGAUGCGGGAGCCCAGCCGGGAGAGGCCGGGCCGGAGGCCGGCGGCGGGGGGCAGCCCGCCCUGCAAGCAAGGGCGGAGUGGGGCCUUGAAGGGAAGGCUCCACCGCCGGUUCGGGCGGCGCUACACCUGCGACUGCUGCGGCUUUGUCUUCAGCUGCGAGAGGCUGCUGGACGAGCACUCACUGACCUGCAACAGCCGCCGGGCCCUGCCCCAGCCCCAGCCCGGGGACCCGCCUCAGGCCUGCGGAGGUCGGCCCGUCGCCCCGGCAACGGCGGCAGUGGCGGCCGGCGAGGGAGGAGGAGGAGGAGGUGGAGGGGGGGAAGGAGGAGAAGGCCCGGCAGGGGACGGGGCCCGCGGCCGGCCGCUGGUCAAGACGGAGCCAGAGGACACGGCCGCCACUGGCCUGGGGGACAUCACGGUGGUGCAGGUGGCGGACGAGGGUGAGGAGGCCGCGCAGGCCCCAGCUUACGGCCUGUAUGGCCGGCCGCCCCCUCGGGAGCGGGGCCCGGGCAGCUGGACAGACGAGGAGGAGGAGGAGGACGAGGAGGAAGACGAGGAGGACGAGGGCCCGAAGGAGGAGGUGGUGGCGGCGGAGGGAGGGGCGGGCGACAGCCCUCUGGGCCCAGCCUGUGAGCUGUGCGGCGCGGCCCUGCCUGAGAGCGAGCGGGCCGAGCACUACGUGGCCCACCACAUGGAGAGCGUGUGCGCCUGCGGCAAGUGCGGCCGCAUCCUGGUGAAGGGGGGCCGGCUGCAGGAGCACGCCGAGCAGUGCCUGGGGGCCGGCGGGGAGCAGGCCGAGGCCUGGGGCCAAGCCGAGGCAGAGUCCGGGCCGGGCCCCUGCGCCUGCCCCGUGUGCGGGGAGACCUUCCCCGGGCCCCGCCAGCUGGAAGAGCACGUGUACUGUCACCGGGGCGCCGCCUACCGCUGCCCGCGGUGCCCACUGGCCUUUGAGCAGGAGGGGCCCUGGGCGGAGCACGUCUCACGGUGCGGGCUGAGCCCGCCGCCGGGGCCCCAGCGCAACGCCCGCCGCCGGCACGUCUGCGGCCUCUGCGGCAAGGGCUUUUACCAACGGUGCCACCUGCGGGAGCACCACACCACCCACACCCGGGAGAAGGAGUUCGCCUGCCAACUCUGCGGCAAGGAAUUCCUGCCUGAACGGCUGCUCCGCCUGCACCUGGACAUGCACCGGGGCGACGCCCGCUACGUCUGCCCCCGCUGCGGCCAGGGCAGCUACCGCAAGCAUGAGCACCUGCGCCACAUGGUGUCCCACUUGGCCGCCGGCGAGGUCAUCUGCGAGGUCUGCUUCCAGGUGUUUGGCGACGGGCAGCUGCUGGAGCGCCACAUGGACAUGCACCUCCACGCCUGCGCCCUCUGCGGCGACAAGUUCAAGCUCAAGAAGGACCUGAGCACCCACCACCUGACCAGCCACACCAAGAAGGCGUGAGGCGGCUCCGCGUCGGGUGACCCACUGGGCUGGGGUCUGGCCUCCCCCGUUCUGUUGCAAGGAGUUUCGCCCCUUCCUCCUCCUCCUCCUCCCAUCGGGUGCCCCGAAACCUCAACCCCCUUCCCCCCCCCCCACUUCCCGGAACGGUUCCCCUCAAAACGGGCUAUUCGACCAUGGAGGCCAUCGCACGGCCACACCUGAGCGUGUGCGCUCUGGCCCGGCGUCCCUCCCUGCUUGGCAGCAGGGGUCUGGCAUCACAGCUCGUCCAGUACACUGACCGGUAGCAGGACCUGGCCCAGGAGAAGAGACCAGUUCACUCGGGCCUGCGGUGUGGUUCAGUUCUCCAGACCGCCCAGUGUUGUGUUUGGUUUCCGUAAUGUGAUGCUCAGUCCCGGUUUUGCAUUGAUUACCAGGUGAUACUUGAUUGCACAGAUUUGAUUUGGUGCUUUCCUAUUGCACUGGGCACUUGGAUGUUUUUUUUCAGGUACCAGUAAAAGCUCGUUCCCCUCGCCGGUGACACAGGGUACGUUGUCACACUUCGCUGGUUCAGGAAGCCGCCUGCUGUGUGACAGCUGGUGGGACAUCCACAUCUCUACGUGUGUCAAACCGAGAAGCUGGAGUUGUUCUCUGUAGACUGGGAAGGGUUAAGAGAAGGUUUAUUAGAGAGAUGGAUCAGGGUUGGGGAGAGAGGAGUUCCUAAUUCCUUGAAACCCAUGGGUUGCUGUGACUUCGGAUGUGCUGCCUGAGUAGUGGAAGUGAUUCCAAAAGGAAAGGGAUUGUCCCAACCUCCGAAAGGGAUUGGGACAACUCUGGAGUUCAAUUUCCAGAGCUCUGGGCAAAGGAUGGAACUGAUUGGAGUGCUCUAUCCUGGUCAGGCUGGGCAAACAUUCCCCUGUCUGUACUGAAUGGCCUUGCCAGUGUUGCUCAAGUUCUGGGGGUGGUUUGACAUAUAAUAUGGG